AUGGCUAAUAACAAGAGGAAACAAGCUGCAAUAGACGAAAAUGAUGGUGUGCCUUUAAAACGAAAGGCAACAGAACAACAAUUCAAUCAAUCAAAAACAGAAACAGCUAAAAAGGACAGUCAAGAUAAAACAAAUAUCUACCAAAGUGCAAAAACCGUCUUUCGAAGAGCUGCUGUACCUUCUCGACUUAUCGGCAGAGGACAGGAACGAGAAACAAUCAGUCAGUUUUGGAGAGAUCACGUCUUGUCAAAUAAACCUGGUUGUUUGUAUAUCUCUGGAAUGCCAGGCACAGGCAAGACAGCCAUGUUGACUGAAGUGAUGCGAGCAAUGGAAAAUGAGAUAGAUCAACUAGAUUUUACUGUCAAAACGGUCAUGAUUAAUUGUAUGAGCAUGAAGGAGCCCAAACAAAUUUAUGUUAAGCUAGUUGAAUCAUGGAAAUCGACCAAUGCGGUAGUACAGGCUGAUGUUAUAAAGCAAGCGCAUGAAUUGAUGAAUGCCAAGAAGGAUGUACUAAACGUAGUUGUAUUGGAUGAAAUCGAUUCACUAAAGACAAAGGAACAAGAUGUACUCUACAAAGUAUUCGAAUGGGCUUCUUUACCCAAUUCAAGACUGGUGCUCAUUGGUAUAGCAAACGCGCUUGAUUUAACAGAUCGCAUCUUGCCUAGACUAAGAGCAAAAAACUGUGAACCACAACUAUUGAACUUUAACCCAUAUACAGUUUCUGAGAUAUCCUGCAUUAUCAAAGAUAGACUCUAUUCACUCGUCGAUAACCCAACUAAAGAUACACCUCUUCCACUUUUUCAACCAGCGGCCAUAGAACUCUGCUCGCGUAAAGUUGCUGCUUCCAUGGGCGACCUUAGAACAGCCCUCGAUAUCUGUCGACAAGCCGUCGAGCUUGCCGAAAUGGAACAAAAGAAAUUGAUCUUGUCAGAUAAAAACCAAAAUAUACCAGAAUCCAAAGUGACGAUUGGACAUGUUAUGAAAGUACUGAAUUUUGUCUUUGGCAAUCCGACAGUGCAGAAACUAAAGCAAUUAAGCCUACCACAAAAAGUGGUAUUGGUCGUAUUUUCCAUUAUGCAGAAAUCAAAUAAACAGAUCACACUAGGAAAGUUUCGUGAACAGUACAGUUCUAUCUUUACAGACAAUAGAGAUAACCUCAUAACGGGUGUAUCCAGAACAGAAUUAAACGAUUUACUAUCUAUGUUGGAAACAGCGAGCAUACUUAGCUUGGGUAAAAAUAAAGAAGAAAGAGCAAGAAAAAUACAGCUACAUGCACAAGAAAACGAGAUUAUACAGAUGGUAGAAGACAUGCCAAUAUUGAAAAAUUGGAUGAUUGAAAGGCUUAAAGAACGCGGGCUUCAAUAA